ACGUAGUGGUGGUUAGUGUAAAAUGGCGACGGUAGUGCUUUAGUCCAGACCGUCGAAACACAAGCGACGAGCUCGAAACCAGAAAGCUGUGGGGAAUAUUUUCAGUUUUACAAAGGAAAUAUCAUCCUUUGGUACUGUGAUAUUUGUUGCUAAUCUUACUAAGGUGUAUCCGCGGCGGCAGGUUCAGUCAUGACGGAGCAGCCCGGCGUCAGCACGGAGAGCAUCGUGGGCAGCUCGGAGGGCAUCGUGGGCCUGGAUGAGCCCAAGAAGAUGACCCGGGAGGACUGGAGGAAGAAGAAGGAGCUGGAGGAGCAGAGGAAGCUGGGAAACGCGCCAGCUGAGGUGGACGAGGAGGGGAAGGACAUAAACCCUCACAUCCCACAGUAUAUUUCAUCAGUGCCAUGGUAUAUCGACCCAUCUAAAAGGCCCACACUAAAGCAUCAGAGACCACAGCCUGAAAUCCAGGAGCAAUUCUCAACCAUCGGAGAGUGGUAUAAGAGAGGAGUGCAGGAGAAGACUGUGACUACAAAAUUUCGUAAGGGAGCUUGUGAAAACUGUGGUGCCGUGACACACCAGAAGAAGGAAUGCUUUGAGCGACCCAGAAAAGUUGGGGCGAAGCACACGGGCAGAGCCAUAGCGCCAGAUGAACACUCUCAGGUCCAGCUUGACUUGGACUAUGAUGGGAAGCGGGAUCGCUGGAAUGGUUAUGACCCAGAGGAACACCAGCGCAUCGUGGAAGAGUACGCCAAAGUGGACCUGGCCAAAAGGACUCUGAAAGCACAUAAACUUCAGGAUGAGUUGGCCUCUGGAAAAUUGGACCAAUCUGAAUGGGAGCAUGACAGCGAGGACGAGGAUGAAGAUAAAUAUGCAGAUGACAUCGAUAUGCCCGGUCAGAACUUUGACUCCAAGAGACGAAUCACUGUCAGGAAUCUGCGUAUCAGAGAAGACACGGCUAAAUACCUGAGGAAUCUGGAUCCAAACUCUGCCUACUAUGAUCCAAAGACUCGAGCUAUGAGAGAGAACCCAUACCUCACUGGCAUGAACCCUGACGAAGUGGUGUAUGCUGGGGACAACUUUGCUCGCUAUACUGGGGACACAAUCACCAUGGCUCAAACGCAAUUGUUUGCCUGGGAGGCCUACGAGAGAGGCUCAGAGGUGCAUCUGCAGGCCGACCCCACCAAGCUGGAGCUGCUCCACCGCUCCUUCAAGGUCAAGAAAGAGGACUUUAAAGAAGAACAGCGAGAGAGCAUCUUGGAGAAGUAUGGAGGCGAAAAGCACUUGGAUGCUCCACCACGGGAGCUGCUGUUGGCCCAGACAGAAGACUAUGUGGAGUACUCUCGGCACGGCGCCGUACUGAAAGGUCUACAGAAGGCUGUCGCCCGCUCCAAGUAUGAGGAGGACGUGCUUAACAACAACCACACUUGCAUCUGGGGAUCUUACUGGGUGGACGGCUGCUGGGGAUACAAAUGUUGUCACUCCAUGGUCAAACAGAGUUACUGCACAGGAGAGACUGGUAUUACAGUCAACACCACAGACUGUGUUCCAUUUGAAGAAGGACUUACUGAGCCACAGCAGGAAGAAGAAGAGCCCAAGUCUCUGCUGGAGAUGCAUCGUGACAAGAUGAAGGACAAGAAGAAGAAGAAGAAGAGCAAAAAGAACAAGAAGCGUGGCUCUGACGGCAGCGAUUCGGAGGACGAAGAGAAAAAGAAGGAGAAGCUGAAGAAGGCCCUUGAUGCAGAGGACAAAUGGGUGAAGCACGUAGAUGCAAUAAUGCAGUUGGAUGAGAGGAAGAGGCCGUACAGCAGCCUGCAGGAAGUGAAAGCGCCCACUGAGGAAGAGAUGGAGGCCUUCCGCAUGAAGCGCGCCCGGGAAGAUGAUCCCAUGGCGAUCUUCCUGGGACAGUAACCUACUCUUUUUCCCUGCUGACUCCCCGAAACUCUCCCCAUGGACUCUACCAGAGCAGUUGCUCGGUGAAAAAAAAAUAUGCGUCUGGCUCAAAAAACGUAAUGUUUGUCUUUUAAACUAGUCCUUUUGCAAAUGCUAUGUGUAAAGGGUUUUGUUAUUUCAUUUUUGUUUUUGAAGCCACAGGUUGACAUACCAUUUUAGUUCAUUCUUAGCCAGCUCCACAUAAAAAGAAAUGUGGCAAUGAAUCUGUUCAUACUUUUAAAUGCUUUUCAGUCAAAAACAAAGUGGCGCUGCUGAAGUCUUUACAGUCAUAUCAGCAACUACUUAUACUGCAACUAAUGCAUUUUUUGUAAAUAAAAUAUUUUUGUCUAAAAAAGAUUUUGUUUUACUGGGCCAAUGUCAACUUAUUAAACAUCACUUUAAAUGUGCUAGUGUUAGCUGAAGGCCUGAUAUUCAACAAAGUUCAUUGGCUUUAAAUAUUAAAACAUGUUUUGCCACCUUUAA